AAAAGUAAGAAAUCAGUUUGAUAAUGAAUAGAAUUAUUAAAUAAUAAAAAAUGAAUGUUAAAAAAGGUAAGGGUCCUAUAUUCGACCCCGGCUUGUGUCGAUGUUGUGGCACCAUGAAGAAAUGCCGCGUCUUGAAUGUGGAAUACGAUUAUAUGGGUGUAAAAGAAGUAUAUUCUGACAUUAUGAUGGAUUGUUUUGGUCUUUUGCUGUCCCACUUAGACGGCAAGCCGACAGACCGUUUAGUGUGUGCCACAUGUGUAAUGCGCCUACGUGAGGCUCACAGCUUCAGGCAGCAAGUACUACGCUGUGAAGAGGCCUUCCAACAAGUCCGGAUGUCUGAUGACACUUUAAAAAAUAAUGCGGAUUCAAGUGUUGAAAUACAUGUGGUGAAACAGGAAGUUAGUGAGUCCAGACCUUGCUCCCCCAUAUCAACGGCUUGUGAUACACUGGCUGAUGAUAAUCACAUAAAAAAUUACGAUUCAUCAUCUGAUGAUGAAAAACCACUUUUACUAAGAAAGAGAAAGAAAUUUGAAGCAACAAAUUGUAUUAAUAAACCUAAAAUGCAGCCGGAAGAUGCCGUAAAGCCAUCAUUGGAUAGAAUGAAUGGUGCACCAGUGAGUAAGAUGUUGAAGCAACGACUACCAAUGUCAAAAGUACAGCAAUUAAUGCGAGAAAGAGAUCCAACAUAUAAAACAGAGACAAAUGUACUCACAAUUGUUGAGUAUUCAUAUGCUUGUCCGUUCAGAUGUAGACAUAAUAAUUUAUUAUGUUAUUACUGCGGAGAAAAUUUCCUAGAUCCACAACAAUUGAGACAACAUACAGCGGAAAUUCAUCAUCCGAAGAAGUUUAAAAUUUGCGAACACAGAAAUAUCAUGUUGAAAUUAGAUCUGACAAGAAUAGAUUGUAGACUUUGUGCGACAAAAAUAAAUACAUUGGAUGAUUUUAAAAUGCACAUAACCAAUGUACAUAAUAAGAUAUAUUAUUUUGAUAAAAAGGAUGCAGUGUUGCCGUUCCUUUUGACUAAAGAUGAAUCAAAGUGCGCAUUAUGUGAUGAGACAUUUCCAUAUUUUCACGCAUUAAAUAAGCAUAUGAACGAACAUUAUAAUAAUUUUGUGUGUGAGACAUGCGGUUUAGGUUUUGUUGACAAAGGUCGGUUAGCUAUGCAUCAACAGAGACAUGAAGUUGGCAAUUUUCCUUGUGAUACGUGCGGUAAAGUGUUUAAAGCUGAAAAUAAUAGAGAAUUACAUAUAGAUAGGGUUCAUAAGAAGCGUGCUAGAGUGUUUUGUCCUAAAUGUGAUAUAAGGUUGAUGACACAUCAACAGAAGUUGAAACAUUUAGUUGAAGUGCACGGUGAGGAGCCGUUAAGUUUUCCAUGUAAUUUGUGUGAUAAAGUGUAUGAAUCGAGACGUUCACUCACAACACAUCGGAGGAAGGACCAUUUGAGGGAUUAUAGAUACGAAUGUAAUUUCUGCGGACAUAAGUUUUUCACGCGGUUCGCUCUCAACAAUCACAUGCCAACGCACACGGGAGAGAGGAACUUUAAGUGUAAGGUUUGCGAGAAGACUUAUCCUCGUUUGAAGACAUUGAAGGAUCACAUGCGUAUACAUAAUAAUGACAGGAGAUAUCGCUGUCACAUAUGUGGUCAAGCUUUCAUACAGAACUGCAGUCUUAAAGGUCACAUGAAGAGUCAACAUCCGGAAUAUGGGUAGACUGUAAAUAUAG